AACCCUGCCUCGCUCCCUGGAGUCCAGUCCUUAUUCCCCAAGAGCAGGACAGCAGUUGGAGGACACAAUGAACCUAGUCCUCUCCAGAGACGGCCAGGUGAGGGCAAUGGAAGCCACGGUGGUCAGCACUGAGAAGCACUUCGGGCAGCUCUGCUCUCUGCUGGCUGCCCACACACGCAAGACAGCCCGGCUCCGGGAUGCAGGGGACCGGCUGGUCAAGCAGCUCAUCGCCUUUGCCAGCACUGAGGCCCCCGAGCUGCGGGCCACUCUUCGGGAUGUCGCUGAGGACCUGGCCAAAGUGCAGGACUAUCGGCAGGCCCAGGUCGAGAGGCUGGAGGCCAAGGUCGUGGAGCCCCUGAAGCUGUAUGGCACCUGGAUAAAACAGACCCGGGCUGAGAUCAAGAAAUUCAAACGCAUCCAAAACAAUGAGAUCAAACAACUGGAAAGGCUGGAGAAACUGAGGCAGAAGACGCCCUCAGAUCGGCAGAUGAUUUCGCAGGCAGAAAACAGCGUGCAGAGGGCCUCGGUGGACGCCAGCCGCACCACACGGCAGCUGGAGGACACAGUGGCUGCCUUCCAGCAGCGGAAGCUGAAGGACCUCCAGAGGGUCCUCCUGGACUUCAUGACCAUUGAGAUGGUGUUCCACGCCAAGGCGGUGGAGGUGUGCUCCAGAGCCUGCCAGACCUUGGGCAGCUACGACCCAGAGCAGGACCUACAGGACUUUCAAGCCAAGACGUGGGGAGCUCCUGGACAUUUUGAGGCUUGGCCCUUCACAGAUGCCACGCUGGGGCCACCCGCCAGCCAGGUUGCACAGAGCACCCUAGGGAGCCAGCGAGGACAGGAGGCCGGGGGCGGUGACGCAGCAGGGGACACAGCACUGGAGGACCUCCAGGGGCAAGAGCAGGGCCGCAGGCACUAGGAGGCCAUGGGGAUGCUAUCGUGCCUGUGCCACAGCCUCCCAGAGCCUCGGUUUCCCUGCCCACACCAGGAGCAGGGGGCAGUGAGCGGUCACCAAGUCCUGUCCCAUCCCCGUCCCUCACUGGCCCACAUGGGUUCUCCUGUGUUCUGGCAACGCACUGUGGCUUGGCUUCCUGGGGCUGCCAUGACCAAGUGCCACAUGGGGCCACGCAGGGCCUCCCACUCUGGCAGCCAAGGAGUCCAGUCCUUCGAAGCUGAGGUGCCAGGCAGCAUCUGGGCGCUGCCCAGUGUCUGCCUUCUCCACCAGUGCUGCCUCCUAGCACACUCUUGAGGCUGUGGCCAUGUGUCCCUUCUGCCAAGAACACCUCAUGCAGCGUUGGAGUGGCCUCAUCCUCACCCACCACAUCUGCUAGGACCCCGUUUUAGACCGCACACUGCUGGGACUCAGAACUUCAGCAUGGGAAUUUGGGGGACACAGCUCAGCCUGCAACACACGUGCAAUGUGAAGUCCUGGGACCCAGGCAGAUUGCGGGAGUCUGUGGGGGACAGGAAUGGGAGGGAGGUCUGUGCCCCGGCCUCCAGGCCCACCCAGGAAGUAGGGUCGUGGUUCCUUCUUGGGUGCUAGGAAGUCCUGGUCAGCAGGUUGUAAAGUGUGACAGAGCAAGGCCUUGGUGCACUCUGCUUGUCACCAGUGCCGCCCAGAGGCCGCAUCUGCCAGCAGGUGUCAGCAACUCACAGCAGAGAGGGCCGAGUUUCCCUUGUGACUCUGGGGACCUAGAAAAGGAACCUCCAGCCAGGAGUGCAGGGCUGCUAGCAACCCGCUGAUGUCUGCUCUGACUGCGGGGCACUGUGGGGCCCGGGGGCUUCAGAUCGGGGCACUGGUGCUCGAGGGCCCUGGCCCGAGCCCGAAGGUCUACAGCCGUACAGGGGACUCAUCUGCCUCUGGGCCCUGUGGGCCUCUGGAGCCGAGGGCCUGGGAUUUGGUCACCCCAUCAGUGCCAGGGCUUCUCCACUAGCACAACGGAGGACACACAUCCUCCUCGUGGGACCACUGGAGGGCCAGUGAAACUGGCCUCUGCUGGCAGGGAGCAGUGUGGCGCCUGCUGGCGAGGACCCCCCUCCCUUGGGUUCUCUGCCUUUUGUCCUGAGCACCAACCGCAGAGGACAGAGCCUCUGCCACCCACCCUGGAGCGGACUUCCUCCCUCAGGAAGCCCAGCUGUGACACGGCAGAACCCCGAACAAGACUGCUGUCCCUCGUGGAAAAGGGGUGCUGCAUGCAGGGGACACAGUGCUGGUGGCCCUGGGUGGAGGUGGUGACCCCUGCCCGAAGGCACUCAGCAGCCCCCAGGGACUCAGGCAGCAGAAAGGUCACAGCUGAAGGAGAAACAGCUGGGUGCUGGGUUAGUGCCCCUUCUGUUUAGUUCUGUGAAUUUGGAGGGAUCCAUUUUCAUUGCGUUCCUAGAACAGAGCCUGAGAGAUCCUUCUUCUUUUUUUUAGUAGGAAACUUAUUGGUUAGUUGUGCCCUCGGGGGUGAGCACAGAGGUGGAACCUCGGGGCUAGAUGUGGGAGCUGGCAAUGGGAUGCCCUGGGCUUGUCCCAGUCCUGGCACGCUUUAGGGUCCUGGGCUCCAGAGUUGGCUCUGAGCCCAGCAGUUGCCUUCUAGGAUGUGGCAGGAUCCCCUACUUCCCAGCAUCAAGGAAAAUCCCAACGCCGCACCCUAGGGCUGGUGCUCCCAGGCUGGGCCCCCACCACACUUGGCUAAGCGUGGGCAGAGGGAGUACCAAGGACAUGGGAUAGCCACCACCAUGCCUGCGCCCCAGGGCCGGCACCUGUGCCCUCGAGCCCUCUGGGGUUGGCCUCUUCCCAGCCUUUCCACCAUUUGGGCCCAGAAGCAGCCUUGGCCUGGUGUGCUCCCAGGGAAGGAAGUAUAGCCUGGAGGUCACCUGCUGUGCCAUGCUGGACAAACGUGUCCUGCCUGAGGGGUGGCAGCCACGGUCAGAGGCCCCCAACCAACCUCAAAUUGGAGAGGUCGGUGGCUUCCACUCAGAGGGGCAGCAGGAUGGGGCAUCCCCUGCAGCUCAAGGAUCUAAGCCACCCCAGUGGCCAGGGUCUGGCCGGGGGGCCAGCGGAGCGGCCAGGGCCCUCUCCAGUCCAUCCUGCAGACGGGCUCCUUCUGAGGAGCUGCUGCAGACAUCCAGCCAUGUCAAGAUAAAGUACAAAACAGAGCUUUCUUCUAAA